UCUGAAAUGUACAACACUUCUCAUACACAUCACAAGGCUCCAGUGUUUUACAAGUGAGGUCCCUUAUGCAAGGCUCACUCGUGAACUUUAGUUUUGCUUUCCAGUACAUGAGCAAAGUCUAGGGUGCUCUGUGUUUUUGUCAUGCAAGAGCCAUUCUUAUCUCUUUUAAUGCUCAACUGCUUUGCCCUACUUGCCCUGAAGAACUCUGAACAGCAAGCAAUACUUUGAGAGGCUACUUUUUCACUGCCUUUGAAAGACAAAAUGAAUCUGGAAGAGUACUUCAAGAGGAUCGGGUUCCACGGCCCAUUUUCUAAACCAGACCUUGAAACACUGAACCAAGUCCACAAACACCAUGUGAUGUCAAUACCAUUUGAAAACCUCAGCAUUCACUGUGGUGAGAAGAUCACGAUGGACCAUGAGUUGAUUUUCAAUAAGAUUGUGAGGAGCAAUCGGGGGGGUUGGUGUUGUGAGAAUAACCUCCUCUUUGCUUGGGUACUAAAAGAGAUGGGUUAUAAUCCAGUAACACUGGGUUCAAGAGUCUACAACAACACCAUAAACCAGUUCGGGCCAACAGACUCUCACCUCAUCAACAAGGUGGUCAUUGAUGGGACUGCUUACAUUGCAGACGUGAGCUUUGGGGUAUCCUCCCAAAUAUGGCACCCUCUUGAGCUCGUCUCCGGGAAGGACCAGCCACAAUCCCCUGGUGUCUUCCGUCUCAUACAAGAUGGAGACCUGUGGACCUUGGAGAAGACUGGUCGAAAGCCUCUGGUUCUCAAUGAGGCCUUUACCAACUCACCUCUGGUAGACAAGAGCCCAACCAAGAAGAUCUACGGCUUCACCCUGGUUCCCCGUGGGUUUGAUCAUUUCCUAGAGACUUCCCACUGCCUUCAGACAGAUCCAAAGUCUCUAUUCACCAACAAGUCCAUCUGCUCACUGCAGACGGCUACAGGAUUCAGAGCUCUAAUUGGCUGGACCUUCAGUGAGGUCACCUACAACAACCAGGAUGGUUUUGAUGUUUUGGAUAUGAAAGACAUAUCUGAUGAUGAUGUGGAUAAAGUGCUGAAGGAAAUGUUUAAUGUGUUGUUGGCAAACAAGUUGGUUCCCAUAAACAACAAAGCUGGCUACACUAUUUAAGAACUUGAUUGCCUGUAACAUGUAAUAUUUAAUGUGAUGUAAUUGUAAUGUAGCCUUGGCAAAUCUAGGUGCUGCUACAUUGACCAAAGAUUCCUCACAACGAGAUCAGUGAGAUAUACAAAACACAUUUCGUAUUUUCUCUCAAUAUUACAAUUUAAUUUCACCAGAGCUGAUUGUGCGGUCUUUGAACACUCAAUAAACAUUAUUUUAAACAAA